AUGGCAGCUCAAACCCCCACCAAAACCCUCACGGCUCACUGCUUUUGCCGUGCUGUGCACUACAAGCUCACUAUCCCCAUCACUUCCCUCCCGCUACGCACACACCUCUGCCAUUGCGGCAUCUGCCGCUUCACUCAUGGAGCACCAUGCGUCUUCCACGCGCCACUGCCCGUGGGUAUAACUCCACAAUGGGUUGCACCCUCAGGCCCACAUAACCUGACCAGCUACAGACAUACUAGUGGUGCUCUUUCCGAUCGUGUCUUCUGUAGUACCUGCGGCUGUCAAAUCGGUGACAUCUGGCCCGCAAAGCCUAUCAAUAGCAAAGAGGAUGAGGAAAAGGAAGAUGCAGCUGACAAUCGACACUGGACCAUCUCCACCUCCAUCUUCACCGAGCACAGCCCAUCCAAUUUUCAAAUCGACAAACAUAUCUUCACCGACUCCGCCCCGGGAAAGGUGGGAUUGCAUCAACUCCUCCCUCGUAUCAGCAGGCGCGAUAUGGAAAUUUACACAGGUCACUUCCUCCCACCAAACGCCAACAGGAUCCUUCCCCCACCCCCAGCACCCCCUCAGGCUGAAUUUGGGAACACGGAUAGUAAAGAGGAGCGGUUGCGUUGCGAAUGCCACUGCGGCGGAGUGUCUUUCACCUUCCCUCGCCCCACCAAAGCCAUCCUCGGUAAUUCCGAGCUGAACAAAUUCGUCUCACCCACCGACCCGCGCAAGUGGCUCGCCAGCCUUGAUCUCUGCGAUGACUGCCGCUUACUGAACGGUACACAUGUGACCGCGUGGACGUUCCUACCGCUGCAACUGCUGGAGCCAGCUGUUGGAACUGACUUGAUCAUCGGUACGUCAAAGACGUUCGAGUCCUCGAAAGGGGUGAGGAGAGCGUUUUGUGGAACGUGCGGGGCGACGGUAUUUUAUUGGUCUGAGGACAGGGCCGAUAUUGUGGAUGUGGCGCUUGGGUUGGUGAGGGCGAGCGAGGGAUUGUUUGCGGAAAGCUGGGUGACAUGGAGGAAUGGACGGGUGGCCUACCAGGAGAGCGGGGAGAGGUUUGAUAGAGAUUUUGCGGAGGCCGUGGCGCUGGGGAUUAAAAGCUGGGGGGCGGAGAGGGAGGGAGAAGUUUUAGAUAUCCAAAUUGGGUUACUGAGGCAAAAUGCUCCUCCAGGCGAUGUCGGAAGAUAUGAAGUCUGGAGGUCCGCUGGCUCUGCUCUUCAAAUAUAUGGAAAAAUCCGCGAUCACUGA